AUGAGCGAGGAACGAGAGACCAAACGAGUGCGACAAGCAUGCCAGAACUGCAGGCGCAAGAAGACCCGUUGCUCCGGAGAGAAGCCGACUUGCGCGUUCUGCGCUCGCCUCAAGCAGGAAUGCUGCUAUGAGCCAGGGCCUGGGUCUGAUGCUAGCAACCCUACUGAUAUGACCUUGGCUGCAAGGGUCGCCCUUUUGGAAUCAAAACUCAGUCUUCUCGACAGUGCAAGCCUUGACUUCGGUAUUUCCACACACGAAGUGCCUUCAAACGAUGGUACCCGGAAUUUGGAUCGACAUCUAGUAUUCUCUGCCUUAGAUUCUCCCAAGACCCGUCGUGGAAGCGAGGCUGAUGUUCUACCGCCUCUUUCGAUUGUGCUCGCAUUGAUAGAUGCAUACUUUCGAUAUUGCCACUGCCAGCCAUAUUGCUAUUUCGAAGAGGCCUUUUUCCGGCGAAAGCUCCAAGAUGGCAAAGUGCCCUCAUAUCUCCUCAAGGCCGUCCUGGCUAUGGCAGCACACUUCUCUCAGGAUCCCUUCUUGGACGGGAACCAGCAAGACAUGAUUGAUCUCUACUCACGAUCCGCGUGGGAUGAGAUCUUUGAAAAGUCUUUUUCAGAAGACGACACCUUGGAUAUAACGGUUAUUCAAGCAAUCAACAUGUUGGCGGUAGUUGACUUCACCACUGGCAAGCAUAAGCUCGCAUGGGUCAAGAUUGGCCUGAGUGUACGAUUUGCACAGAGCCUACAUUUGACCAUGGACCCGCCAACAGAGUUGACCUUGGAAGAACAAGAAGAGAGAGUUUUGACCUUUUGGUCCGUGUACCUUCUCGACAGGCUUGUCUCAUGUGGCACAACGAGACCCCCGACGAUACUUGACAGCGACUGUUCUGUCCGGCUACCAACUGACUGUACCAAAGUUGGUGCGGAGUUGAGAUCGAGCCAACUGACACUUCAAACUCUCCAAGACUUGACUGAUUCCGCAAUGCCCCAAAAUCUGAGCCAGUUUGCCCAUACGAUUCUUAUGGCGUCUGUCCUGGGAAAAGUCGAGAGGUUUUCAUUGCAGAAACACAUCUCAGGAGGUCAGUACAAGCUUUGGCAUAAUCGUGGCGAAUAUUGCAAGAUUUAUAGUCUCUUGCUAGACUUUGAGACCUACUCCGACGCCAUUUUGGUACCCUUCCCCGAAGCCUUGGAUCGUUGGUGCUGGACCGGCGAUGCAAUUGACCAAAGACGGGUCGGACAUUUUGUCUUCUCAACCAUCUUGUAUCACCUAAAUCACUGCCUGCUUCACCAUCCUUUCCUUUUACGCAACCAUGUCAAAGGCUGCAAAACCAGAAUCCCGUCAAGCUUUCUUAAACAAGCCCUUUUUCAAGGGUUGGAACAUGCAAGUCUUCUCACGUCGGCUCUGCGUGUUGUCCAACAACGAAACAUGUCACUGGCGAGCUUUUAUGCCUACGCUUGCACUGCCGCUGCGACAAUCCACAAGCUUUAUACCUUUCACGAAGAUGAGCGCGUCGCAAAUAACUCUAAAGUGCUCUUUGAAUGCUCGGUGCUUUUUCUUCUCCACGGUCAAGAUGUCUGGCGACACUAUUCACGCAUGGCAUAUGCUUUGAUGCAGCUUGAUCCGGAUCCCGCCCUAGCCAGAUGGCUGGUGACCGCUGCCUCAGAACCGUCGCUGGAUGGCACUUUUGCAGAUGCUAGCAUGGACUUCAUGUGGGAUUUGCUCGACUACGGAUGGCUUUGUGAUUCUGCUAGACCCUCAUCAUCACCCGAGGCAUGCGAUAAAACACACAAUGUCGGCCAGGGGGAGCCCACGUUUAGUUCUUUGGAUUUGGAUCAAGGCAUGUCCACUGUGGAUAAUUUUAUGCCAAAAUCAAGCGCCCUACCUAUUGACCUCGAUUAUUUUGAUCCCACUGUCACCGAUCCUACAUUUGGAACUUGGGUCGACGUCAUUGAGUCUGGCUUAACAAGAGAGUCCGCUGAAUGA